AUGGCUAACAAUAUUCAGUCUGACUCUCGGUUGUAUUCUUUCUCCCCGGAGACUAAGGAGAAGCUGCGCAAGUUCCGUCUCAGCACAUCGCGAGCCAAGGACGCGCAAGCUAUCAUCUAUAUCAUCGAUGCAAAGAGUCAAGAGAUCCGUCCCCAGGAUGGCGAAGUCUACUCGAAAAUGGAGGACCUGGCUGACGACCUGCCCGAAUCAUCACCUCGCUUUAUCCUCCUCAGUCACCCGCUUACAUUGAAAUCCGGUCGUCUCUCAGUCCCCUACGUCCUCCUUUACUGGUUGCCAGAGAACUGCAACCCAUCCCAGCGCAUGAUGUACGCCGGUGCGGUGGAGCUGAUGCGGUCCGCGGCAGAGGUGAAUCGGGUUGUGGAGGUGGAGAGCGAUGAAGAUAUUGUUUCUAUUGCGGAUAAGCUGGCCAGCUCGGAGUAA